GGAAAGGAAAUCAAAAAAACGGUGUAGCAACAAAGAGCACCAGCAGCAGAAAUGUUGUUGCUUCUCUGAUUCGAACAGACAGACUCGAGGGUUUUGUGAGCAGACAUCGAAAGAGACUUAACACGAACAGGUACAGAGAAGAAGAAGAGGAGGAAGGAGGAGAAAUUCUAGAUUAAGGCGGUAAAGGUCUCUUUUUGGUGAAAGAUAAGUUUGUUUCAUCGAAUCUUUUGUGUGUUAGGGUUUUUUUCAUCAUCCAUCGUGGAUGAACAACGAUUUCACUAGUUCAUUAUUGCCUGAUUCUACUGUUGCUGGGGUUCCAAAUUGCCAUACAACAUAACAGUUCGUCGACUUCCUCAAAAGUUUCAGGAAAAAUCUUUCUCACUGCUAGUGCAGAAGUAAGCAAUAAAAGGUUAUAGCAUGCUACACGAGCUGCUUAAAAGCUCAGUAGGACCUAGGCGCUGUGAAAGAAUAUGACGUUAGAAGAUUUUUUUACUCUAACUGAAAUGAAGGACGGGCUCAUGGCCCUUGCCAGAGUUGAAGAAUUGGUUUCUGUGAUGAAGGAAGAGAAACCUACAGUUGUGACGAACAUCGGCGAGACAGCCAGGCAAUGGUGCACAGUAGCUAGUACUUUGGCGGCCACAGAGGACAAGGACAUUCUUCAUCAUUUUAUUAGGUUGGAGGGGCUACAUUUCCUUGACCGCUGGCUUCAGGAAGCCUGGCAGUGUUUAAGCAUCACGAGUGACAGCUCUGUGGAAGAAUCUAUUGUUGCGUUAUUGGGAGCUCUAGAAAAGCUGCCGAUAGACGGUGAGAAGUCAGUUUCUUCUGGGAUAGGUAAAACUGUAAAAAAACUUUUUGAGGUCAAGAACUUUACUGUCCAAGAGAAAGCUAGAAUCUUGUUUGAUAGCUGGUCUCAGAGAAGUAGCAAAAAAGUCACGGAUCACCAAGUUGCUGAGAAGAUUAACGGGUCCUCUUGUAAUAGGAUUGAGCCAACCAGUGCAAUUAGCACUGUAGAUAGUGGCUGCCCGGGUGAUUCAAUUGCUGAUAACUCACUUUUAGAUGGAAGUGCUAAUUUAGAUCAUCUGGUGGACCAGUCAGCUGGGGGUGAAAAGGGUAUCUCAAGGUGCUCCGAUAGUUCACAUUCAGAGAUUGCUAAAGAUGUAAAGAUUGCACAUCUUAAUUACCGGGAUAACCGUCAAACUUCUUUGAGUUCUGUCUGUAAGGAGGAAGGGGAAGAAAAACUUCGACGGGGCUUCUCUACUGAGACAAAGCCUCACCAAGAGAGCCUUUCCAGUUUGGAAGACAGAACUUCCUCUAUGGGAGUUUGCCACUUGCCAGCUUCUGUGGAAAGUAAUGUUGAGGGGAGGUCUGCAGAUGCUACAGAGUUGAAACCUAUCUCUAGUGAUGAGAAAGAGACCGUUGCAUCAAAAGGUAGCCAGGAUACGCGUGGUAGGAAGGAAAUAUGCUCAGUUUCUGCCUCAUCUACUUCCUCAAGUCGUGUUACUCUGCAGAAUGGUGAAACACAAUUGGUUACUCGAAACAAUCUUGAUGAUCCCGUCAGUGAUACUCCAGCCUCUGAACUGAAUACUGAGAUGAUCAACGGUGGAGGGCAAAAGCAUUCUAGAAGCACCGUGGAGCAUGAGGCUGCAGACCGCUAUUCUAAUGUUUUGCUAAUGAGAACUAGGAGUGUCUUGAGAAAGCCAGAGGAUCUGGAUUCUUCUUCUUCAUCAAGAAAAGAGGAUACUGGAGCACCAGGCUUUGUGAAAGAGGCUGCUGGUGAGUCGGUUAAGGUUGGGGGAGGAGAGGGUUAUGGAACUGCUGCUUAUGUAUCGAAGUCAAAGAAGGAUACAAAUGUUUUGGAUACCAUCCACAAAAAGAAAUCAGAUGCUGAACUUGAUUAUGGCGGUGAAGAUGCACUAGAGGUUGCUCGGCAAGUUGCUAAGGAAGUGGAGCAAUUAGUAGUUGAUUAUAGAGAAGAGUUCUGCAGCACCUCUUCUGAGAAAAACUCUGGUGGAGUUGCGGAUCCUGGUAGCCCCGGUUCUAUAAACGUCGAGCAGGAGCAUCCUGCAACUACUGAACCAGAAGAUGAGGUCCAUACUGGUGAAGAUAUUUCUCCUGAGACCCUUUCUCCGGACAGAAAAAAUCCUCAAGUGAGUUCUGAGAUCACAGACAAAAAUAAAGAUUCUAUGCCAUGUCCAGACUCUUCUCAGGUCACUGAAACUACCGAAGAACCUGCGGUUAACACUGGAAAAAACAUGUGCGACUUUGAUCUGAAUGACGAUGUCUGCAUGGAAGAGAUGGAUCAUCCAAUGACUCCCACCUCUGCACCCUCUGGCUCCGCACCAGUCACUGUUGUUUCUGCUUCAAAAGCAGCAGUUCCUAGAUUGCCCAUGGCUCCGCUCCAUUUUGAGGGAGAACUUGGGUGGAAAGGAUCUGCUGCAACAAGUGCCUUUCGUCCUGCAUUUCUUCGCAGGACUCCGGAGGCAGAGAAGAGUAUCUCAGGAAGCAGCCAUAGUUCGAAGCAGAGACAAGACUUCCGUGAUAUUGAUCUGAAUGUGGCUGAAGGUGAUGCUGGUGGAGUCGCCGAUCCGGUGUUAGCAAAGCAGAUUCCAGCAACAUCUGAUCUCCAUUCUGGGGAAUCUUCUGUUGAAGUGAGUUCUAGACGGGCAGAGAGGCUCAAGUUGGACCUGAACCGCUCCGAUGACAAUGAGGAGACGCCAUCAGACUGGAAGGUGGAAGGAGGGUUUGUUUACCACCAAAGAAAUGGACAUUACAGCCCGUCUCCAGCAUCGUCAUCCUCAUCAAGGCCGUCUUCUUCCAUGAGGAACUUUGAUUUGAAUGAUAAUCCAUCUUUCUUUGAACAUUCAAAUGAUCAACGCUCUGAUCUGGGCAAAUCCCUGGACAUGAAUGGUUUUGGAGGUGCUAAACUGGAUGAUCCUGUUAUUUCAAUAUUGGGAACACGAGUGGAGCUGAAUAAAAAAGAGUUUCUCCCUCAAACUCGCUCCUUCCUCCCAAACGGACAGUCAUCAGAAUUCCCCAGUUCAGUAGACUUUGCAAGAGGGGGAGGAAUGCGCUCUACAAUGACUUAUACACCCUCUCCACUUUUUGGAUACAACGGUUUUCCAGCAGCGGGGCCAUCCAUGCCUCUCUCUCAAGGUAUGUAUGGUUCUAGUUCUGUUCAUUACAUGGUAGAUUCAAGAGGUACCCCUGUUGUACCACAGGUAAUGGGCUCCUCGGUAGCUGCUCCCCCCAACUACUCUCGUCCACAGUUCCUCGUGAACAGCACAACCGGUCAUGUGUCUGGUAUGAAUGGGGCUAUGCCAACGCGGCCUAGUUUUGAUUUGAAUUCAGGGAUGACAGUUGUUGAUGCGGCAGAGAACAGAGACCCACAUGGUGGAUUUAGGCAGCUGUUUAUUCCAGGACAAGGCGGUGUGUUAAUGGAAGACCCGAUUAGAUCCUCUUCUUCGCAGGCAAUGGGGUCAGGGAUGAAAAGGAAAGAACCAGAUGGUGGAUGGGACCUGUACCCUGUUGGCUAUAAACAGAAAUCACCAUGGCAGUAAGAAUAUGUUUUGUUCAACAUAAAUGGUGGAACCUUGUGUCUUUGUUUAGGGAGAAAGAUGGUAAAAAGAGAAGAAGGAAAUGAUAAUGCCGGAAACAGGCCAGAAGAGAGGAUGAAAGAUGAGCCCAUUGGCUUAUUUAGUUGAACUGAAUAAGGCUGGAAAGCACUAUGGGUAUAAUCGGAUUCAUGAGAUUGAUUCCUGAGAAGGAAAUAGACGGAAAAGAAAAAGAAGCAAAAAAAAAAAAAAAAAAAAAAAGAAUCGUAGGUCUGCUGUUUUUUGUCUCCUUAAUUUGCCUUCUGUUUUUCUUAAUUUUUUGUCUUGUUGUCAAAGUUUUCAUAGAUAGCAAUCUGCAGCCAAGGAAGUUGUCCAUGUAUAUCUCAUCUUCUCCUUCUCUCAUAAUUGUCAACAGUUUGAAAUGAAAAUGUUGGGUUUAUUCUUGCA